GACAGACUCUCUGCUGACCAGUCUCAUCCGAUUGCAGUCAUGUCUUUUGGCAGAGACAUGGAGCUAGAGCACUUUGACGAGCGUGACAAAGCGCAGCGCUACAGCCGUGGGGCGCGGGUCAACGGGCUGCCCAGCCCAACGCACAGUGCCCAUUGCAGCUUCUACCGCACGCGCACGCUGCAGACGCUCAGCCAGGAGAAGAAGGCCAAGAAGGUGCGCUUCUACCGCAAUGGGGACCGCUACUUCAAGGGCAUCGUCUACGCCAUCUCUCCUGACCGCUUCCGCUCCUUUGAGGCCCUGCUGGCUGACCUCACCCGCACGCUGUCAGACAACGUGAACCUGCCACAGGGUGUGAGAACCAUCUACACCAUCGAUGGACUCCGCAAGGUCACCAGCUUGGACCAGCUGGUGGAAGGAGAGAGCUAUGUGUGUGGUUCCAUUGAACCCUUCAAGAAGCUGGAGUAUACUAACAAUGUGAACCCCAACUGGUCCGUGAAUGUCAAGACCACCUCUGCCUCGCGGGCAGUGUCCUCACUGGCCACCACCAAGGGCAGCCCCUCGGAGGUGAGGGAGAACAAAGAUUUCAUCCGGCCCAAGCUGGUCACCAUCAUCAGGAGUGGGGUGAAGCCACGCAAGGCCGUCCGGAUCCUGUUGAACAAGAAGACGGCUCACUCCUUCGAGCAGGUCCUCACGGACAUUACUGAUGCCAUCAAGCUGGACUCGGGGGUCGUGAAGCGUCUGUAUACACUGGACGGAAAGCAGGUGAUGUGCCUUCAAGACUUUUUUGGGGAUGAUGACAUUUUUAUCGCGUGUGGACCAGAGAAGUUCCGUUACCAGGAUGAUUUCUUACUUGAUGAAAGUGAAUGCCGUGUGGUCAAGUCCACCUCAUACACCAAGAUCGCCCCAUCCUCUCGCAGGGGCACCACCAAGAGCCCAGGUCCGUCCAGGCGCAGCAAGUCCCCGGCAUCCACCAGCUCAGUCAAUGGAACUCCUGGUAGUCAACUUUCCACUCCUCGCUCCGGGAAGUCCCCGAGCCCGUCCCCCACCAGCCCUGGCAGCCUCCGGAAGCAGAGGGGCUCACAGCAUGGUGGCUCCUCCACUUCACUUGCAUCCACCAAAGUGUGCAGCUCGAUGGACGAGAACGACGGGGCGGGAGAAGAAGCGCUGGAUGAAGGCUUCCAGAUUCCGGCCACGAUAGCUGAGCGCUACAAAGUGGGAAGAACGAUUGGCGACGGGAACUUCGCUGUGGUCAAGGAGUGUGUGGAAAGGUCUACUGCUAGAGAAUACGCUCUGAAAAUUAUCAAGAAAAGCAAAUGUCGAGGCAAGGAGCACAUGAUACAGAACGAGGUGUCCAUUCUGAGAAGAGUUAAACACCCCAAUAUUGUUCUUCUGAUUGAGGAGAUGGAUGUGCCGAAUGAGCUGUAUCUCGUCAUGGAGUUGGUAAAGGGGGGAGACCUAUUUGAUGCCAUAACCUCCACUAAUAAGUACACGGAGCGGGAUGCCAGCGGGAUGCUGUACAACCUGGCCAGCGCCAUCAAGUACCUGCACAGCCAGAACAUUGUACACCGUGACAUCAAGCCAGAGAACCUGCUGGUUUAUGAACAUCAGGAUGGUAGCAAGUCGCUGAAGCUGGGUGACUUCGGGCUGGCUACGAUCGUGGACGGGCCCCUGUACACCGUCUGUGGCACCCCAACAUACGUGGCACCUGAGAUCAUUGCAGAAACCGGGUACGGCCUGAAGGUGGACAUCUGGGCCGCAGGCGUCAUCACCUACAUCCUCCUGUGUGGCUUCCCCCCGUUCCGUGGGAGUGGUGAUGACCAGGAGGUGCUUUUUGACCAGAUCUUGAUGGGACAAGUGGACUUCCCUUCUCCAUACUGGGAGAAUGUCUCCGAUUCUGCCAAGGAGCUCAUCACAAUGAUGCUCUUGGUGGACGUGGACCAGCGCUUCUCAGCCGUCCAGGUCCUGGAGCAUCCCUGGGUCAACGACGACGGCUUCCCAGAGAAUGAGCAUCAGCUGUCAGUGGCUGGGAAGAUAAGAAAACACUUCAACACGGGGCCCAAGCCCAACAGCACAGCCGCUGGAGUCUCUGUCAUAGCACUGGACCGCGGGUUUACCAUCAAGAGAUCAGGGUCUUUGGACUACUACCAGCAACCAGGAAUGUAUUGGAUAAGACCACCGCUCUUGAUAAGGAGAGGCAGGUUUUCCGACGAAGACGCCACCAGGAUGUGA